GAGAAAACAUUUACGAUUAAAGAAAGCGCUUCGAGUUCAGAUUUUAGGGUUUUUUUCUCUCUCCUUCCAAAACUCUCUCUCACAUUCCCAACGGAAGAGAGAGAGAGACAGAAACAAAGCGGUCUUCUUCUUCCGUUUUCUCUACUUUUUCCCUCACUUUCUCGCUCUAUUUCCUCUUCAAUGCUAUUAGACUUCAAUUUUCUUUCCUCCCAAACAGAUCUUUUUCUCGGAAAGAUUUCGCUUCUUUUUUCUCCAAAUUCGCAGACUUUAUCUCCGAACUCCGGCCCUAAACCCCAAUGCAGGUCCCCGAUUCUGACGAUCCCACUCCCGAAGCCGCGGAAUCCCCCGAGGAAGCGAAGAAAUCAGAGCCGUCGAAUUCGCCGACGGUGGCCGGCGACGCCGGCAACGGCGACGAUGAAUCGGUCCUCGACGUUUCCGGGAGGAGCAUGGAGUUCUCGAUGAUAGAGGACGUGGACGACGCCGUUCGGGGUUUGUAUUUGUACAAGAACGCGUUCAAUUUGAUACCGAAAUCGGUUGGCUUUCUUGGGGGUUUGAGGACGUUGAAGUUCUUCGGGAACGAGAUUAAUUUGUUCCCCUCGGAGAUUGGGAGCAUGGCGGGCUUGGAGAAUUUGCAGGUGAAGAUUUCGUCUCCGGGUUUCGGCGGCUUGCGGUUGCACAAAUUGAAGGAAUUGAAAGAGCUUGAGCUUUCCAAAGUGCCUCCUCGGCCUUCGUCUUUUCAGAUUCUUAGCGAGAUUGCUUCGCUUAAGUGCCUCACCAAGCUCUCCGUUUGUCACUUCUCAAUAAGAUAUCUUCCUUCGGAAAUUGGGUGCUUAAAGAAGUUGGAGUACCUAGAUCUUUCAUUCAAUAAGAUGAAGAAUUUACCAACUGAAAUUGGUAAUUUAAGUGAACUAAUAUCAUUGAAAGUUGCUAAUAAUAAACUGGUGGAGCUUCCCCCGGCUUUAUCGUCCCUACAAAGGUUAGAGAGCUUGGACGUGUCAAAUAACAGGUUGACAUCGUUGGGGUCACUUGAACUCGGCUCGAUGCAUAGCCUUCAGAAUUUAAAUAUUCAGUACAAUAAACUUUUGACAUAUUGUCAAAUACCUUCCUGGAUAUGCUGCAAUUUGGAAGGAAAUGGUAGAAAUGCGUCCAGUGAUGACUUCAUUAGUUCAUCAGUUGAAAUGGAUGUCUAUGACAAUGACAUUCAAGAAUGUGAUGGAAGUCUCUCUCGUAAAGGUGCUCAUCAUACCUUUCCAAGUCUAAUAAAUGGAUCAGUAUCCAACUGUAGAUCUUUUGGAGCAAGGAAGUCAGGUAAAAGGUGGAAGCGCAGGUAUUAUUUGCAGCAGAGAGCUCGCCAAGAGCGUUUAAACAACAGCAGGAAAUGGAAAUGCAUGGAUCAUACCAAGUUGUUACCUUUGAAAGAGGAUGGAAACUGCAAACCUGGAAGCUUAGAUGUUCUUCCUUCUAAGGCUUGCACAGAAGGAACACCUGAAAUUAUAGGCCUGGAUGAUGAUGAUAAAGAAAUACUUUCUGGGGAUGGUGAAGUUGAAAAUCUUCCCAACAGUGGUGAGGAUAAUGCUGAGAAAUGCUCGUGUGUCACUGUUGAAUCUACGGCAAUGAAUAGAGAGGAUAAAUAUGAUUCUUGUGACCAUGAUGAAUCUUUGGCCUCAGUUCAAAAUGAACCUAGUGAUGAGGAUGAAGAUUCAUCAGCAGACGUAAAAAAUAAUUUUAAGUCCAAGAGGCACUCAGAUAAGGAUCUUGAUAACCCCAAACCAUGCAAGUCCCGGAAAUCUAUUGACAGUAGUGCAAGUUUGUCGCGCAAGUAUAGUAAUGUUUCAUUAUGUAGCAUUGAGGAUUGCCUUCAAGAUGGAUUUUUUGAUGCGGGACGUGACCGGCCCUUUAUGCCAUUGAGGAAUUAUGAGCAAAGUUUUCAUAUCGACUCACGUGAAGUUAUUAUUGUGGACAGGAAAAGGGAUGAAGAGUUAGAUGCAAUUGUACUAUCUGCGCAAGCAUUGGUUUCUCGAUUGAAGAAGUUAAAUUGCUUAAUCAGAGAUGGGGAUUGGGUCAAUGAGCUGCAGAUUGCGUCAUUGCUUGCUCUUUUUGUAUCUGAUCAUUUUGGUGGCAGUGACAGGGGUGCAAUUAUUGAAAGGACUCGAAAAGCUGCAUCUGGUUCAAACUACCAGAAGCCUUUUGUUUGCACCUGCUCAACAGGAAACAGAGACAGUAUCAAUAUACAAACCAAACCAACAGAAGAGUGUACUGACAAUGUCGUUUUUUCUGAUCUCUGUGAAAAAUCGCUCCGUGCAAUCAAAGGGAGACGAAAUUCAAUCGUAGUUCCUUUAGGGACUUUACAGUUUGGUGUGUGUAGACAUAGAGCAUUGCUAAUGAAGUAUCUAUGUGAUCGAAUGGAGCCUCCAAUUCCUUGUGAACUUGUAAGGGGUUACCUGGAUUUUAUGCCACAUGCAUGGAAUACUAUUAUCGUUAAGAGGGAUGAUUCAUGGGUUCACAUGCUAGUUGACGCUUGCCAUCCACAUGAUAUAAGAGAAGAAACAGACCCAGAGUAUUAUUGCAGGUAUAUUCCCCUUAGUCGGACUCGGACCAAAGUAUCGUCUUCCAGUGGAAGAAGGAUUGCUCCAGGUGAUUCCUUUCCUUCACUGUCCUCCUCAGAUGAAGUUUUUAAAGCAGCUUCUAGUUCGCUUGUACGCUGCAAAUAUGGAGCAGUUGAGGCAGCAGCAAAGGUUCGUACUUUGGAAGUUUGCAGGACUUCAGCAGAUGAUAUUAGGAAUUUUGAAUAUGGUUGCUUAGGGGAAGUGCGAAUUUUAGGUGCUCUACAGCACUCUUGUAUAGUAGAAAUGUACGGUCAUCGGAUAUCUUCUAAGUGGAUUCCAUCGGUGGAUGGAAGCCCUGAGUGUCGUGUAUUACAGUCUGCUAUAUUGAUGGAGUACGUAAAAGGGGGAUCUUUAAAGGGUUAUAUUGAAAAGUUAUCUAAAGCUGGUGAGAAGCAUGUACCCGUGGAGUUAGCAUUAUGUAUUGCUAGAGAUGUUGCCUCUGCAUUAGUGGAGCUGCAUUCAAAACACAUCAUCCAUCGUGACAUAAAAAGUGAAAAUAUUUUGAUUGAUUUGGACAGUAAGAAGGCUGAUGGAACACCUGUUGUGAAGCUUUGUGAUUUUGAUAGAGCAGUGCCUCUUCGUUCUUUAUUGCACACAUGCUGUAUAGCUCACGUAGGAGUCCCUCCACCCAAUAUUUGUGUUGGAACACCUCGCUGGAUGGCACCUGAGGUUCUACAAGCAAUGCACGAUCAUAAUGUUUAUGGAAUGGAAAUUGAUAUUUGGUCAUUUGGAUGCCUGCUUCUGGAAAUGUUGACCUUGCAAAUUCCUUAUUUAGGAUCAUCUGAAGUAGAAAUUCACGACCUUCUUCAGGUGGGCAAACGACCACAGUUGACCGACGAGCUAGAGGCUUUGAGGUCGUCGAGUGAGCACGAAGUAGCUCAAUCUGGUGUAGAGCUGGAAGAAAAAGAAGCCAAAUUAGAUGCUUUGCAUUUCCUUGUUGACUUGUUCCAUCGAUGUACUGAGGAGAACCCAAUGGACCGACCAACUGCGGAAGAGCUCCAUGAAAGGCUGCUUUCACACACAAGCAAUCUAACCAGUAAAAGAAGUUAAGAACAACACCGUAGGUUAAAAUUGUAGGUAAGUUAUACCCACCAAAAAUUUUUGUAGACUUAGAAAUCUUGUACCAUGCGGAUGUAUCGCUUAGAUAGUUAAACUAUUCUUGGCUUUGCCCAAGAAUCAUUGUUGUUUCAAAAGGGUUCGGCAGCUACGCCGGCAAAACAUUCUUAAGAAUUUUAAUCGAGAUAUUUACAAAUUUGUUAGGUAGGUCUGUUUCUGGUGAAGGCAAUGGCUUAGCGGGUCGUGUAAUUUACCUCGAGUUAGUAACCUGAUAAGGUUAAAAAGCUGCCCAAAAUUUGAUUUGCCGUUGUGGAGUUCCUGUUGUAAUGUUCCAAUUACACUCAUAUCUUGUUAUUGUAAGAGUACUAGUUAUUA